AUGUCUGAGUCUAAACGUUCGACGAGCGGGUGCAUAGGUGUGUUUUGGGACGUGGAGGAUUUCCCGUUUCCUAAUGGUGUUAGUCCUCCUUUGAUUUACCACAAGAUGAAAUUAUUUGUGGAGUCCGUGCCUUGUCCUGCUGAGGUUACCACAAUCGUGGCUUAUGUCGAUAAGGAAGAGUUGAGUGAUGAAUUGAUCCGUGUCUAUGAUGAUGCCGGAAUCACCCUUUUCCCCCGACAAGGGGAUGUGUAUGAGAGGUAUCAAUCAAUGGUACUGGACAUAUCAUGGUGGGAAGUGGAUAUGCGUCCCCUCCGAUUUGCUGGGUCGAGAGUGAUGGUGAUCUCAAAAGAGAUAAACAAAGAUUCUCCUUUCUUCACUUUUUUCAAGUCGAUCGCCUCUCUAUGUCAUCCUAUUUACUAUACACCUGCUGAUCAUGAUCUUGAUCCACCAAGACGAAGUGGUUGGCUAGAGCCGAUAUGCUUCAAUCUCCCAUCAGAUCCUAUCGAUCAGAAUGUAACCUUACAUCGCACCUUUCACCGUUUGCGGAGUAGCAUAGAGGAGUCUUUAGAUUACUCCCACGACCAAACCAUGCCUGAUGAUGAUCUCAUGAAUCUCGAUUCUUCUCCAUUCGACCAAACCAUGUCUAGGUCCUCCUCGUCCUCGUCUCGCACAUGUGUAUUCUGGGACAGCGGGGAUCACCCGCUCCAUAAUGAUGAUCCUUGGUCUACGUAUGCGAUGUUGCAAAAAACGAUGUUGGAAAAGACUCUUGGGUCUUGUAGUGGUGAUUUAUCACUCAUCAUUUAUGUUGAUGAGGAAUAUAUCAAGGAUGAUUUGGCUGGUUUUAAUAUGGAUAAGGGAAUCACCAUCAUUCGCCCACAAGGGGAUAAACAUGCGAGAGUUCAUCACAUGUUAGUGGACAUUGUUUUGUGGUCACUGGAUAAUCCAGCGACCUAUUUUGAACCAAGAACUCUUAUGGUAGUCUCAGAAAACAUGGAACCUGGAACGGAUUUCCGCAAUGCCCUCGAAGCUUUGGAGAAGAGAUAUUACAAUGUUCUCUUCGGAGAUCCAGAAUCCCCUGAUUUGAUAGGAGGACGUUUUAAACCAAUGGGACAGAAGGCAGCUGUUGGUUUUUCAAGUGGAAUAGCUUCUUUGGAUUUCCAUGACUUUUCUACGUCUGAAAUCGUCACCUUCUGGGAUGUCACAGGCUGCAAAACCACAUUUGCGAGUAUCAACCCAGUACUUGAGAAAAAGGGUUAUCAUGGCCCUCUCAUAAUUAAGCCAUACGUUGAGAUGGGAUCCCCGGAGGAUGUGGAUGAGGAUGAUCUGGUGGGUAUAUUGCCCGUGGGUAUGGAGUGUGAGUCUAGAAUCAGAGUCAGAUCCGAAGGAGAUAAAUAUGCCAAAGUUACUAGAAUGUUAUUGGACAUUCUGUUUUGGGCCAUGAACCAUGAUGAUGUACCGCAAAAUCUGAUGCUCAUCUCAGAACCAUUUGAAGACAUCACAAAGAAGUGCGACACUGUCCUUCAAGCUUUGGAACGAAGGGGUUUUAACAUCAUCUUUAAACCCUCUCAUAAGGUUGCAUGCAUAGAUGAUUCUACAGUUGACAACUUUGAGGCACUUUGUGGAAUGGUACCAAAACAAUUGACCAACCAACGCCACGGAAUGUAUUCAAGUCGGAUUCUCACAGACCAGAGCCGAUACCUUGCAUUGCGCCCGGUAAUCCUCUUCUGGUUGGUCAAGGAUUACCCGCCAUCCAAUCCUAAAAAGAUUUGGAACAUUUUCAAAUCAGCUGUCUCUAAGAAAGGUUAUCACUGGAUAGACCCUCAAUUGAGGGUCUAUGUUGAUAAGGAGAAGAUCUCAGAAGAGAUGAUCAUGGUUUACAAGAGUGCUGGUAUUACUCUCAAAGUCAUACCCGAAAAUGAGGUACAUGGAAAAAUUACCAAUAUGCUAUUGGAUUUUAUUCGAGGGACACGGAGGAUUCUCACGCCAGCAAACUAUAUUGUAAUGUCUGAACCUUUCAUAGACCACAUGUCUGACAUUGUUGUAGAAGGCUUGAGACUCAGAGGUUCCAAUGUACUCUAUGAUGUGCCUGGUUAUGUGCUCACCUUUGGAACCUCACAGUGGUCUGCAGAAAGUCUAUUAGAUGGAAGUUGCACUGCGCCAUCCGGGAGCAGCUUGUAG